AAGAGAAGACUGUGUUUUGGCUGUGGAAAAGAUGCUUGCUGUCUGUCGACGAAACUUUGCUUUGGCACUGCGCUGCAACGUCGCUCCAUUGUCGCUUUUCUCUUGCUGGAGCUCCAAAUACAACGUUUCCCUCAGCAGGAGAUCUCUAUUGACCAACCACUACAACACCAUUAUCAAUCACAAUGUUGCUGACAGCUUGAGGACUUUUGGAAUCGCGAGCACAGGCUCUCUUCCUGGCAUCAGCAAGAUAGCAAACACUGCUUGGUCAAAACCAAAUCAAAGCAAAAUUUUCCAAUUAAAUCAAUCGAGAAAUAUUCAAAAAAUCGUUGUUAAAAACAGACAUUUAAGAGAAUUUAUCCAAAUCUCUGCGAAAUUUUCAAAGGUCAUCUUAUUUAUUUACUUUGGUGCAAUCUUUUUAGUUAUAAUGUCCUACAAACUACUAAAGUUCCAUUUUAAUCAAUACAACUAUUUGCCCACCGAAAACAGUUUCUCCAUAUAUUUUAGAUCCCUAUAUAUUCUUGGUUUAUUCUUCUCAAAGAUCCAUAUAAAAAAUCAGUAUGCUCACGAAUUCUUUUUAGCCUGUUUAAGGGCAAUUAAUGAUUCAAAUAACUUGCCCUUUGAUAUUGAAUCCGAUGACAUAUCUUAUUUUUUAUCUUUAGAUGUACUACAAUCAAAAAAUUUGGAAUUCAUUCAUGUUUAUUGUGAUCUAUUAAUACGGUUGGCCAUCUUAAAAUCCUUGAUAGGCGACGAUCCUAAAAAGAUUCAAAAUCUAAUCGAUUUAUCCAUUGAUUUAUCAAAUACUCAAAAUUACAUAAAUCUCGAUAACUUUUCAAUAAAAUCAAAAAAAGAAAUUAAAAAAAAGUUCUUGUCCAAUUUAAUCACCUUUGAUCUAUUAGCAAACGCUUUGAUAAUUAAAGCAAAUAUGUUAAAUUUUGAAUUAAAUGCAAAAGACCCCUCUCCAACUACUAAUAAUAAUCAAUUAUCAACUCAAAUUGAAUUUCUCUAUUUAAACGCUCUUAAAAUCUUAAAAUUAAAUGAUCCAAAUAAAUCCAAUACUUAUAAAUCUCUCCUAAUCGACUUCGAUCCAUCGGUUCAUUUAAAUGAUAAUUCAAAUAAUAAUGAAAAUAAUAAUUCAAAUAAUAAUAAUGAAAAUAUAUCAGUCGAAGAUCUCUAUAUAAACAAAUUUCCUGAUCUGUUUUUAACCAGAGAGUUGCUAGAUUAUUCAAAUGAAUUGGCCGUUUUUUAUACCAAAUCCACCUCAAAUAAUAACAAUAACUUGGAUAUUGCUUUGAAAAUCUUCUUAUCAAAUUUAAAAUCAUUAACAGACUAUCAAACCAACCUUAAUAUAAAUUUCAUUAAAGAUAAAAAUUCCUUUGGCAUACAAUUGCCUAAAAAAAAGGAUUCUUCAAAGAUUGAUAUCUUUCAAAAAGACUUGAUUUUAAAUGUUAAUGAUGUGCCCAAAUUAAAACUAUACGUAUCAGAAAUCCUAUGGGCUAAACAUUUUUACAAUAUUUCAAUCAAAUGGUGUCAACAAGCUAUAAAUGAGUCUUAUGUUCAUUCAAGAUCAGACUCAACCUCCGCUACAAUCUUAAAAAUGGCUACAAAUAAUCUAAUUCACAUGUACCAAUAUUCAAUUGAUAAUAACUUGGUUAAAGAUCAUGACUCAAUCCAAUAUUACAAGGAAAACAUUGAAAGUUUAAAGAUAUCUCUAAGUGAAAUAGAGAUUCCAUCAACUGAUUAAUUUAACUAUACAUAAAUAUAUAUAUACUUUUUUUUUUUCCUUUUCUUUUCUAAUGUA